AUGUUUUUAUAUAAAAUAUUAAAUCAUUAGAGAUAAGUUUCUUUAAACAUAUCCAUGUUUUCCCUAAAAAAUCAUAUAUCCUUAUUUCUAAAACAUAACAGUAAUCACUCAUUGUAACAAAGUCUUUAGAUUCAAAAAAAUGUCUGGGAAAAAAGAAACUGAGGAUGGUCCAAUACAAAGAUUUUGUAAAAAGUGUAAUAUUAAUUAUAAUCUUAUUAUGUUAAAAAUUACUUUAUUUUUAAUGUAUGGAGCAACUUCGUCAUUAAUUCCAUAUUUAACUAUUCACAUGCAAAGCAUUGGUUUAUCUGUAGAAGAAAUUGCUAUUGUUUAUCUAGCAUUGCCAUUGACUACAUUUUUAGCUCCACCUGUUUCAGGAUUUCUGGUAGAUAAAUUUGGUCAUUAUAAACCAGUUUUGUUUAUAUCACUGGCAUUAAAUGCUAUAUUUCAUCAUUCAUUGAUACUAAUACCUCAAAUGGAAACACCUGGAGCAAUACCAUCAGCAUAUGUAAUGAGACAUCCAGAAUCUGGAAAAGUUGAUGUUUGGUGGAGUCCUUGUCCAAGUAGAGAAUGUCCAGAAGCCGAAGAAAUCAAUUUAGUUUUAGAUGAAUGUGACGAUCAUUGUUUGUUGAGAGAUUACACUGUACCGCGUGAUGAAAAUAAAGGGGUAACAAAAAUUGAACAAAGUAUUGCUGUUAGACCACCGACUUUUAUCACUGGACUUACAAAUCCUCAACAACAACAGCUUCCAAAUUGUAUAGUACCGCCUGUUAACAAUCACCAACCAGGAAUAGACGACCCGGAUUUAUAUUUCAUCUACGAAAAAACCAAACAAGCUAAAAACGCGACUAAACCAAUUAUAAAGAAACCAGAACCAAAGAAAAAUAAGGUAAGAAUGGGUGUUUUAUUGAAUAACGAAACUGUAAAAGAAAUUGCCAACAUUGGGGCCGGAUUAAACAACAUCAACGAUACGUCUAGCAAAAAAGAAGCCACUGUGUUUGUGGUGUUGGAUAUGCACCCGGGUCUUAUGAAUCCAACCGAAACAUUAGGAAUGGAGCUACCCGAACUCGAUCAAGAUGAACAAGUAACGGAUUUCCGUCAACAUUUUUCGUCGGACAUGUUGGUUUCGUCUGGAGUAAAUUUUUCGGCACUUCUCGAUCAUGAUUUACGAUGUGGCGGCAGGGUGCUGGCUACAAACUUAACGUAUAACAAACUAAAAGAACUCGCCGCGGAUUGCAUGCUCCAAAAAUGUAUUUUCAGGACAGGUGGACCUGAACGAUGUCCACCCGAGUACAAACCGUCAAACGAGAAAGUGUUUUGGAUUUAUUUUGGGCUACGAUUUAUAGGUACUACUAUGUUAGCAGCAUCAGUUACAGUAAUGGAUCCUAUUGCUUUAAGCCUUAUUCAAAGGUAUGGCGGACAGUUUGGAAGAGAAAGGCUAUUUUCUACUGUGGGCAUGGCAUUGUUCUCUCCACUCACUGGUUGGCUAAUUGAUUCUAUGAGCUUAAAAAAAGGUUACACGGAUUAUUCAUCUGCAUUCUACACUUAUGAUAUUCUCCUUGUAUUGUCAAUGGUAACAUUAUUAAUGAUGCCGGUAGGCAUUAAAAUGCCUGCAGAUCAUAUCUUAAAGGACAUGCUAAGACUUUUAAAAUUGCCACAUGUAACAGCAUUUAUUUUUUUUUUGUUCAUGCUUGGAAAUUGUUGGGGAUUUAUAGAGUCAUAUUUAUUUUUGUACCUUAAAGAAUUGGGUGCUUCUAAUUAUUUAUUAGGAGUAACAGUAUCUGUAGCAACAAUUAGUAGUAUUCCAUUUUUGUAUGGUGCGGAAAAAAUAUCAAAAAAAAUUGGACAUGUCAAUAUCAUUGUGAUAGCCUUUUUUUCACACGCAGCUAGAUUAAUGGGUUAUUCAUUUAUUGAAGAUCCAUGGUGGGUGUUUCCAUUUGAAGCAAUUGAAUCGUUGGCAGUUCAUUUAAUGUGGGUAGCUGCUGCAACGUAUUGUGCUUUACUUGCACCUAAAAAUCUUCUAGCAACACUUAUUGGUGUUAUUGGAAUGUCCCACUUCAGUCUUGGUCGUGGAAGUGGAAGUUUUAUUGGAGGACUUUUAAUUGGAUCCUAUGGAACAAGACAAUCUUUUAGAUUAAUGGGAUUACUAGGAAUUUUAAGUGGUACUGUAUAUGGUCUAUUACAUUGUAUGUGGCUUCACAAGUUUGAAGAUCAAACUAAUACUGAAAAAUCUGAACCAUCAGAAGUUGAAUCUCUUAAGGGAGUUGAAGAAAACAAUAAAGAAGAUUUGUCUGAUUUAGAAGCUGAGGCUAGACGUUUAAGCUUAAUGAUUAAAUUUAACCAUCGUGGAUCUUUAGCAUCAUUGGAUAAAGAACUACUACCAGCAACUAAAUCCCAAAACGAUCUUAGAAGUGCAUCAUUGCAACUCCCUAAAGUUGACUUACUGAAAUCUACUCUUGAACUUAAUUACUUACAUAAGAAAGCCAAUGUGAAAAAACCUAUAUUAAAAAAAGAAGACAGUUGUGUGUCAACUUCACAAGUGAAUAGAAAGUCACUAAUAAUUCAAACUACAAUGGAAGAAACUAAUAAUUUUGAAAACAGUGAAGAAAAUUAAAGAAUAAAUAGAUACAUAGUUGUUAAAUUAAAAGAUUAUUAGUU